UUUCUUCCGUUUAAUCCGAGCGGCGAGUUUCUUCGCAUCGAUCCAUCUUUGCAGGGCUCGGUGCUUGCCUGUGGUGUUUGGACGAGGAGGGUGCAGCACUCCCCCCCCGCGUCGCCCGCGGUUAUCUCCCUUCUCCCGCGAACGGUGCUUACUCGCGUGGUUUUUACGAAUCUCUCUGCUCCUCCAGCUUCGUGGGCCACGUUUUCCGCGACGGUGGUUACCAGGUGCAGCUUGCCGCUUUGCAUUGCUGCCGCGGGGACAAGGUCCACAUACACCUCUCGCCACUACCACCGUCUGUGCAUCCUCACCGCCACGCUGAGCCAGCGCGGCGUUGAGUUGCACCUUGGGACACCACCCACCUACUAUCUGUUGUGGCCUGGUUCGCCCGCGAGGGACUCACAAGGUCGAUUUCGGCCCCGGCCGGGGAGCAGGCCGGGGAGGAGAGGAGGUCAUAGUGCUGCAGUCCAGAUGUGUUGUAUCAUGGCUUCAGAGGUGACCGGGAACCCAUCCAUCGUGCUGGGUAUGUGUCGGGACUACUGGGAUGGGAGCGCCAUUUCGAACCUGCCGGCCACCCUCCGCAAGACCAUCCUCGACAUGCACCAGCAGUGGAGUUUGGAAGACCUAGACGUCGUCGCGUUCGCCUACGUCCCCGUGCCCUACACGGUGAACCCUUUCAUCUCGUCCUUCAACAAGCACCCGGACUACCUCAUCCACCUCAGCCAGGGCCAAGCCUCCUCAUCCGGAAAAGGGCGAAGCACCAUCAGCGGCGGCGGCGGCGGCGGCUCGCGGGCGGGAGCGAGUCCAGUCAUCAGCCCGCUUCCGUCCAGUUCACCACAGUUUCGAGGCGCUGACUGUACGCUUGGCAUCAUAUCUGAGACGUGUAGCACUCACCAACAAGGCCACCACAAUGCUGGAGGCGAUGUCGUCAGCAGCGGCACUGCCAACGACGAUGACCCAAACAGUAAGGGGGCCGAAGGCCCCGACAACUUUUCGCCGCCAUUCCAAGAGGGGGGCGGCGCGACAAAAGGGAGGGCGCAAAGGUUUCAAGGAUCACCAGAUAGGGGAGGUUCCCCUUCAGCUGGAGCAGUAGCUGCCGAAACCACCAGCGACGGUGCCGAGUCGUCAGCAGAAAAAGGGCAGCAGUCAUCGGUUAUCGGUGCUGCUCGACAGUGCUCAUCGGCCAAUUCAUCACCGGUGCGCUCCAAACUGAUGAAAGCCAUCGCCGAAGAACCGGGAUUUGAAUCGGGAUCGGAGAAGAAUUAUUCUCAGGGUGAGGACGGCGAACCACAAGGCAAGAACAAUGACGGCUUGCUGUUGUAGUUCUUUUACGACAGGAGAACGAACACACCGCGGGCAAAAGGUGGCAGCGAUUUAUUGGAACGUUGUUUGCAACGAAACAGAAUCGUACUGCCACUGGCGAGGUUGAUUUCAUGACGGCACGCUGAGCGAUGGCCAUGGGUAGCGCGAUUGGACGGACUGGAGAAAACCGAGGCGACCAUUUCUCACGUUCGUGGGCCGCCACUAUCCCUCACCACAAAAGCAUGACAUUCAUCCUCCAGUUUAAAGUGAUAUGGUACACUAGUUUUUGUGUUGCCAUGUAUUCCCCUUGACAUGAAGACUUUAUCCCUAUUUUUCUCUUCACUAGUGACUGCUGCACCUUUUUACAUCCAGGAACCAACCGCAGCUCUGGGGUAGCUCGGGUACUAACGAGGGGCGCAUCCGACGGCUGCAUCCACAGCAGUCCCAGCAACCGCGGCAAAAAUGAGAGCAACCCCGCCUUUGUUAGGGAGAUCAUGCAACCCACGGAGUCAGCCACCAGUGUUGCCGCCGCCUGUGAGGCGACGGUGGCGGACUUGAACCUGCAGCAACAGGGUGUACACGGCGGCAGCAGAAAACCCAGCAGUAGCGGCACCUCAUUUCGUCGCGGAACCUUUGAAGCUGUUCCGGAGGGCGAAGCUGCUGAUAGCGGUGGUGUCGACAGGGGUGUUGCCGGGACAAAGGAAAAGGAA